AUGACGUCAAACAAGCAAAUCGUCUCACAAGUGGCGAUAGCAUAUUGUGUCUUGUUGUUUCUCGGCUCGAGGAACCAGAUCGGUCGCACUGUCUGGGUUCUCCUCAAUCUGCACGACACGCUCCGCGCGCUGAAGGACAUGUAUCCGAAUGGGCGACGCAUCGGGGUGGUCACUCGUCGACGACGUCUGCGCGCAGCAUUGGCGGGGUGGAUAGUACUCGUGGCAGUGCAACCAAUCACUUUCGUGGCCGAUACUCUCCUCUCCUGGAUCCCGUUCUACUCGUCCAUCAAGAUGUUACUUGUACUGGCUCUUAGCUUCUGGAGGCUAGAGUCUUCAGCAUUCCUCUUCCAGACACUCGUCGUCCCAGUUGUGCGGCGAUACGAAACCCACAUUGACCUAACCCUGCUCCUCCUGGGCUCAACUGUCCUCCUCUUCUUCCACUUCCUCGUCGAACUCCCGUGGAGUACAAUGGUUGCGUUGGCCAAGUACCCGUCUCGCCGGGUUAUACGCGUGUCGGCGUACGAAGCGCCUGUGCCGAGUGUCGACACCUCAACAGCGACCACCCCUUCUCGCCCCACUCGUCCUGCCUCCACCUCCACAGGGCGCCCUUCCGCAGUGGAGACACAGGAGGGAUCCAAGUUGAAGAGCUUUCGGCCCACUUCCCCUCACCAACCCCGCGGCCCUCACUGCGGCGACGGUUGCAAAGCAUGGCCGAGUGAGGGCGGCCGCGCAGUCCCUCGAUGUGGCUUCUGCCCCCUCGGCGGCCAAUCGCGAAAGUCAUCGCAGCACUUCUACGAAUGGACGGGGAAAGGCGUCUGA